UGCGCCCUAAACCGUUCUGGGGUCGGCUCAUGCGACAGAGGGAACCUUUUGGUCAGGCCGCCAUGGUUGCCGCAUUCAGCACCCAGUCGUUGAUGGAUGUGACUGUUCGAAGCGGGGUUUGGGUUGCACGUUGGCGGACUGAGAUCUUGCAUGACUGUCGCUUCGAGCAAGCAAUGACCCGCAAUGUCAAAUUUAGAUGCCGGGCGCUAGUGCUGAAUUCUGGAGACAGCGGCACGCAUCCCUAGGAUCGUUAGCAACGGGAAGCUUUGUAAAUUGCGCCACAUCGCGCAGUGUUGGCAACGGAAUGGAGAGACGAACUGCGGUUGAGAGGUCCAACUUGCGCGAAGGAAACCGCUCUCCAACUGCAUCAAUGUUGCUUUUGCUCAGAUUGUUUUUUAAGGGCAAACUGCAUGCGAUGCCUUCAGGUCGCGAGUCUUCUCAUCAUCGAUGCCCCGUGCGCAGCUCGUUUCUUUUGAGGUGCGCAAGUUGCCCAGCACUCAAUUGUCGACUUCGAUGCAGCCCUUCAUGGAGAACAUGUCGGUCGUUUGGCGGUUGCCAAAUUCGGAUGCUGAGAACAGCGUCAGCUCAGUUUCCGAAGAGACUGUUCGCAGUUUGUGCUUGGAGAGUAAGGUAUCCAUUGAGUGAUGCAUAAAAAGGGGUCUUGAGGGUCGGCUUACCCGCUGCCGGGUCCCACAACGACGUCAUCACUCUUUGACGGUCAAGAAAACACUGGCAAAGUUGCACCUAACAAAC